CACUACAACUUCCUUGAGCACGGCGCCAUUUUCGGCGUUGUUACGGGACUACAGCAUGCUGUUGUUAUACAGAUAAUAAUACCAGUAUAUAACGUUUAAGACUCCUCUUUCAGUAUUCUUUAGAAAUGGGACGAAAGAAGAAGAAGCAGAUGAAGCCAUGGUGCUGGUACUGUAAUCGAGACUUUGAUGAUGAAAAGAUCCUAAUCCAGCACCAGAAGGCAAAGCAUUUUAAAUGCCAUAUUUGCCACAAGAAAUUGUACACAGGCCCGGGCUUGGCUAUCCAUUGCAUGCAGGUACACAAAGAAACAAUUGACAGUGUACCAAAUGCGAUUCCUGGAAGAGUUGACAUCGAGCUGGAAAUCUAUGGUAUGGAGGGUAUUCCAGAGAAAGACAUGCAGGAAAGAAGACGAACAUUAGAACAGAAAUCUCAAGAGAGCCAAAAGAAGAAAUCAAACAAUCAAGACGACUCUGAUGAGGAUGACGACGACGACGAUGAAGCAGGACCAUCAGUUCAGCAGGUCGCUGCUGUCCAGCCCCAAGCAGGCUACGCUGCUCCGAUGGCCCAGAUGGGGAUGCCGCCCCUGGCCGGUGUAGCUGGGAUGCACCAUGGAGGAUAUCAAGGAAUGCCUCCCAUGAUGCCUGGCGUACCUCCCAUGAUGCACGGCAUGCCCCCUGCCAUGCAUGGAAUGCCACCAGGCAUGAUGCAGAUGGGUGGAAUGAUGCCUCCCAUGAUGCCUGGGAUGCCCGGUAUGCCCCACGGAAUGCCACCUCACAUGGCCCCGAGGCCAGGGAUGCCCCACAUGGCCCAAGCUGCUGCAGCCGGAGUGAUGCCCAGUCGACCGGCACUACCGGUGGCCCAGCCGGCUGUCACCAAACCCCUCUUCCCCAGUGCGGCACAGAUGGGCGCUGGUGUUCACAGCCACGCUGCCGGAGUUUCCUCUCCACCUGCAGACCUUCAGUCUGCCUCCUCUCAGCCUCCCUUUCCUAACUCCCCACAAGCCCAGCAGAGCACUUCAGGAGCUGCAGCUCCAAACUCCCACAGUACAGCUGCCGCCUCCGACCCGCCCAAAGCAACAUUCCCCGCCUACACCCAGCCCUCUGUCUCUUCUUCCUCUUCUGCUUCUUCUUCUAACCCCUCUAGCAGCACUGUGGCCAAACCCCCGGCCACAGUGGCCACCAAACCUGCCACCCUCACCACCACGAGUGCAACUAGUAAGUUGAUCCAUCCUGAUGAGGAUAUCUCACUGGAGGAACUGAGGGCCCAGUUGCCCCGUUACCAGCGACUUGCACCCAGGCCGGGUCAGGUCCACGUUGCUGCUCCCCCUGUGGCGGCUGUGGGCAGCAUAAUGCCCCCACAGCAAGGCAUGCUGCCACAACAGCCUGGCAUGAGGCACCCCAUGCACGGUCAGUACGGCGCUCCUCCUCAGGGCAUGCCGAGCUACAUGCCUGGGGGGAUGCCUCCCUACGGGCAGGGUCCUCCUAUGGUGCCCCCCUACCAGGGAGGCCCUCCCAUGGGCAUGAGGCCGCCCGUCAUGUCUCCGGCUGGGCGCUACUGAAGCGGCAAAGCAGCCACCACAUUAGGUUUGGGGUUAACACCUUUCUCUCAUCCUUGUGCUUUUUCAAACCUAGCUGCAAAGCAAAGCGCAGUAAGACCAGCGGUGGUGAAGACAAACAUUUGUUAGAACUAUUGGACAUUUUCAUGUAACAUCUUUAUUGGAGAACAGCCAAUCACCACACAAGUUCCUGAGAACUAUUUUGUUGUCAUCUGGUUUCAUGUGAGAAUAUAUAUCCCCCCCCCUGCCCCCUCCCCACACAUAGGUUUCACUCAGGUUUAUAGAAGUAAAGUGUGUUAAAAUGAUUCAUAUUUCUUUUGAAGCUGCUGGAGUUACAUGAACGUACCGACCCCUUACAAAGGCAAGUUUCUCUUGUAAACAUUUGAUUCUUUGAAUUUUCUUUCUUUUUAUUUUGGAUAGAUUGGGGCCCUCACAGCGCGCUUAGGUGCUGUUGGACUUGCGUCCCCAACCUUGGUUGGUGAGGGUCUCAGUGACAAAUGAUUCCGACUUCAGUAGUGUUAAAAAUCCACGACUCUUCAGUCCGUAGCUUUAUCCUUAUUCCAGGUUUGCUUUUAAUAUGUCCUGGUCAAGAGGGUUCCUGUAUGCAUCCUUUGUAAUGUUUUAUGAAUCUGUUGUAAUAAAAUUCAUCUUGAAAUUCAA